AUGAGAAUCCAGUCGUUGCUCAACCCGUUCGAAUGCGGCGAGACUCACCACGGGCGCCGCAACUCCAAAAGCGUCACUCCACCCAUUCCGGCUCGCCCCGUCAUUUCUUGCCCUUCCUAUCCUAAACGCCAGAAGAUACCCAAGGACGCUGCCAUCUUCGCCGAAGCGGAUGUGAAUGGGCCAGUCAACUAUCCUCCGCACGGGGCAGACGGCGACGAGGGACUCCUGGCACAGCAUCGUAAGUUCCAACUGUACCCUCCUCUGAACGAGAUUGAGCGGAGGAGUGCUCGCCGCAUACCGUACAACAGCGACAAGAAGGACUUUAUGCCAAAGACGGGGAGAGAGGCAUUUGAAGUGUUCCAAUAUCAGUUCAAGGUUCCAGGCGACGAGAAGACGUACAAUGUGCUCUGGGACUAUCAAGUCGGCCUAGUACGCAUUACGCCCUUCUUCAAAUGCUGCAAAUACAGCAAGACCACACCUGCCAAAGUCCUCAACCUCAACCCCGGUCUCCGAGACAUCUCAUACAGCAUAACAGGCGGCGCACUAGCAGCCCAAGGCUACUGGAUGCCCUACGACGCCGCCAAAGCCGUGGCCGCCACCUUCGCCUACAACAUCCGCUACGCCCUCACCCCCCUCUUCGGCAACGACUUCCCCUCCACCUGCCUCCACCCCCGAGACCCCAACUUUGCCAAAUUCCUCAUCGACCCGGCCAUCGUGAGGAAAUGCACGCGGGACACGCACCGCUGGCGGGAAGAAGGGUCGUCGUACCGAGUAGCGAAGCCAGACAACAACAGUCCCACACCACCACUACCGCCGCCGAUAACGACGCCUGGAAUGACCUUCGUAAACCCGCCGUGGUCGUCUCCCAAGACGACGAAGAGGCAGCACCGUGUAAAGGUCAGUGACCAGGAGAGCGGGUACGGCUCCACCGACGAGGAUCACCAGGAGAAGUGCGUUUUCUCGCCAGACGUGUCGCCUCGCAGCUGUGGGUGGACGGCCAUCAAUCAGCCGUACUCGCCCACGUCGGUGUCAGGGUUUAGCUCUCCUCAGCGGUGGCUUACUUCGGUUCCUAGCAGCACGGCGCCGCUUGUGGCGAAACGGACGCUGUCCAAGGUGGUGUAUGAAGACGACAAGGAAGUCGUGCGGCCUUCGACGGCGGUAUCGACGGCGGCGUCAACGACGGAGUCUAUCACGAUGGGGGAGACAGACGACGAGGUGGAGUCGAAGGGUUAUCGUCAUACGCAGGUGGACUUUGAUGCUGCCACGACUCUACUGGGUCUCAGAGCUGCUGAGAGCUCACUCCAUCCAGCCAAGCGCACCCGGCAUGGGUCCGGGUCCUGA